AGGGCAACUAACGCUGUCAAGGGCUAUGGAUUUGUCACGUUUUACGACACAGAUUCAUUUAAGGAGGCCGUGAAAAGAAAGCGGCAUACACUGGGUGGAAGACAAGUUAAUGUGUUUCCAGCUACCGAAAGGGAGAAAAACUCCAGCAUUCAAAGAAGGAAGAUUGUAGUUAAGCGACAUAGAGGAUGGAAAGGAGAAAUGGAUUUAACAAGGAUACAGGAUUACUUCUCAAAGUUUGGAGAGAUAGAGAAUGUCGAUGCAAAAAACCUGCAAAUCAAAGGAUACAUGCAUAUCACUUUUAAAAAUGAAGAAAGUGUGGAAAGUAUUUUAUUGGAUAAUCAGCAUGACAUUGAUGGUGAGAUGAUGUUUGUGUUGAGAACACACAGUUCUGAUCAGCAAUGGAAUCAGUGGCGAUUAGAGAAAGAGCUGAUCCAUAAAUUAAAGUUCCUAAAGAAUAAGGAAGGUCUCGAAGUUAAUGAGAGGAUGGGAACUCAUGUAACAGUUGUGAUUCCCAAAAAGUUUAAGCAUUGUAUCAAUGAAGAAAGUUUAGAAGAGCACUUCUCUUCUUAUGGAGAAAUUGAGAAAGCAUUUAUCCUGCGUAAUGAAGUCACGAUGGAAUCAAAAGGAUGUGGGAUGGUUACAUUUAAAGACUCCCAUGUUGUAGAAGAGAUCCUUGCAGCUGGAAAACAUAAGAUAGAUGAUGUUGAAAUUUUUGUGAAGAAGUCGUUGAUUGAUGACGAGUAAGCUUAAGAUGUUACUGUACUUUUAAAGAGCAAAUGGCAUCUUCCUUUGCUCAGUUCUUUUUAGCAAACGUCGUAGCAAGAAAUUUAGUAGCAUUCAAAAUUCGGUGAAAGGGGAAAGGCUGUCUUCGUUAAGAAGCAACAGUGAUUCUGGUUUUAUCAUCUGAAUAUUGUGAGUGUAAAUGCUAAGGCUAUUUUUUGAGUAAAU